UGUAAAGGCGUAAAUUUAUUGACAUGUUUCAUACAAAGAGGACAGUCGCGCGUCCAUGUUUUCUCAGUAUAAAAUGAUUUUCUGCGAUAAACGACAUAAAAUCAAAACAAUUUUUCCGAGUGAUUGAUGCCAGGCUGUGCCGGCCAGAAGUACGGAUUGCACCUAGCAUGCUAGGUUUGGAUGACGAAGCUGAUGCUGAAAAUGACCGAGUUGACCCUACUUCAAUUGUUUGUCGUCCCACCUUGAAGCACUUAGUCCGGUAUGUCAUCUAACUAACAUUACCGUUAACAACACACGGCAGUGUAACUAGCGAGAGAAAUGGUUGCUGAGACGCGGUUUUUGCUAUGGUGACCUUUUAGCCCAUUUCAUCCUACGAAGCGUUUCGUAGGAAUGACGGCGACUUCUUGACUGAUGCCGUUACCUAACCCUAGGCUAAAUGGACGGAAAACAAGAGUGCGUAACUAGAAAUCGUUUUGACAUUGCCGACGCUAGCUGACAUUGUAUAAGCUGUAGAAAAUUAAGAUAAACUAUGUGGUGCAGAGGUAAGCACUGUACAGACGACAAAUGGGUCCUCUUUUUUCUCUCAUUUAUAACAACUCUGAAGCUCCCUUUCCCAUUCUCUCUCCGUCUGUCUCCCCAUGUGUCAUUUUUUUAUGCUGUUUGCUCUGUCAGCAGAAAUUCGAGUUACUUCAAAUGCAUGUGGAUACACUUAUCCCGGGGAAGAUCUUGGGAGUUGUAAUCAUAGAGUCUACGUUGGCAAGACAGAGCUCAGCGAUUUUAUGCACACAGUAGAGAUAACAAAAAGAUAAACCUUUGGAGGUGAAGAAUAUAUGGGGACAUAUUGGGGGAUGUUAUGUUUUCGGGCAUUAGGUGUGACAAGUUUACGCUUAUCAGAAAGGUGCACAGUAAACAUAAAAAUUCCUUCAAUGAUAAAAAUGUGAUGUUAUAAAAUUUCGGAUGUACUUGUGCCUUUUCAAUAUGGACGGUAUAUUCAUGCCAAAUGAAGAUUUUCAUUUAUCACGUCAGUUGUCACAGGCUGUUUUGUGCCGUCCGCACUUCCGACGCUAGCCCUCUGUGCUUCCCCGAAGACCGAGCAGGGCUCGAAAGUUCCAAAGGCGAAUAUUUAUUACAUUUUACCCACUCUGUAUAAUCUCCUUUACGCACACACCCACAAACACAAUGGAAUGAAUGUCGAUGGCGGCAUGCAAAGAGAAACUUCCCCUUAUGCAGGUACUAGAAACUAUCCAAUGAAAGGCAUCAAUUCGCUACCAUGCUUUCAGCUAGGCCGUUGUGAGGUCCUAUGAAGAUAAGGGCCAAAAAUCUAUCACGAGCAAAUUAUAUGUCUAUAUACGUUGAUAUAAUAUCAAAAAUAUGUCGCUAAGGCAAAUUUAUAUAUAGCGAUCCAUGUUGAAUGAAUCAUAACUGGAAGUGAGUAAAGUUCAACUAAUUAACUACAUAGAAAGUUUCGUGAACGCUAGUGUUGCACAAUGAAUUAAAUGAAAAUUGACUCUUUCGUCCCAUUCCGCCUUCAGCUACUUCGAUCAAUUAAUGUUGAAUAAUUGAUUUGAUCUAACAAAUUUGUACAGCUCUCUAUUCAUAUCUCGCUUUAGAUCGCUGCUGUAUCCGCUAUUUUGCAUAAUGUUACCUGUGUGACCCCUGUUCACGAAUUGCCACAAAUGGGACCUGCCCUUUUUCAUUUUCUACUCUCCCCAAUUGCCGAAUAGCUGGUGCUGCUUUUCAAUAGCGAUUUCCCAAGAUGCUGCUGCGGCCGUUGUUAGCCAAAACUGCCGAGUCAUUUGUGUCGCCGCUGCGGCCAGUGCCUGGCCGGUUCGCUCACUUCUGUCUGCUUGUCUGCCAAUUGCAGAAAACGACUAUAAUUUUAUUAUUUUUUGCGAUGCGAUAUGAUGGCUUCACAGAGCUGUUCAGUUUGUCUGCGACACCAGGUAGGAGGGGCUUAAGCUUCGGCAGCGGGCGAAAGCCACCUCGAUGCUCCGCCUUUCCUGCUCCGUCAUCGUGACCGUUCGUUCGUCCGUCCGUCCGUCCGUCCGUCCGCCCGUCCGUAUGUCCGUUUAUCCGUCGAUGUUCGCUGGCUGCUUGGUCAUGGAUCGGCCGUGUCUGGUCGUUCGACCCUACGGAAACGGUGCUGCUGACGCGGGCGUAGCUGUCGCCAGAAUAGCGGCGCCGUGCAGCGCUCCCGAAGCGCCACGGCGACUUCGGCCACUUUUCUGCUAUGCUUAGUUUGUCUUCGUCGGCCACGGUGAGCACACGACGUCGUGAGCGAAACGAAGUCGCUGGCCGUCUGUAGCUUUCGGUAGUGAGUCAGUUCAACGUAUGGGCUAAAGAGCAGCGGAACGCCAGUUCUGGUACAGUUCAGGUGCUGAUUGGCUCAUUAGGCUGGUGCCAGAGUUCGACAAAGUGGAGCCGAACUUCGGCAGAGCUCGCAGUUGCUGAAGGUGUUCAAAAAAAAAAAGAAAUGAAUACGAGUUACGGCAUUCAAGCGCAAGAUGAAAGAAGAGCUGUGUUCUAUGUUUUCAUAUUGAGUGACAUAUCUUCUCUCGUCAGCAUCGAGGUCACCACGCAACGUUCUAAAUCAUUCUGCUGCUAGAGAACACGGCGAUGUUCUUGACCUGAGAUGUUCUUCAAACCUAUGGAAAAUCGUAGACGUUCAGUUCUAAAGGAACCAUGGUGUUUUCGUAGACUGUAUUAACUUUUGUGAAGAUACCGUGUAUGAAUGUGUGCGCAUCAAGUAUUUCUACGGCACUAUUAGUGAAGAUGGAGAUAGGUUUCAUGGAAUAGUCUUCCGUAAACGGAUGUUAUCAACCAGUUAGAUCAUAUCGGUGGAACAAACGCUAAAAAAUUGUUGAUGCGGACGAUACCAGCUUCAGACGAAACAGUAGCAACAUAUUGAUUUGGUGUAUUAUCGCACCUGCGACUGUUUUGAUAUUGUCGGUAGUCACGUGUGCCCUAAUCGCAAGGAAUGAUGGUGCAUAGUCCGAUCUCGUCUUCGUCUCAGGAAACUCCCACUGCUAAAGCCAUUGUCAACCGAAGACCAUGGGAAGAUUCGCCACAGAAAGAUACUCGAAGUACCUCGCCCUUAGAUUAUCGGUCGCCCGUAAUGAAAAUCUCUUCAGGUGCGGUUGAAUUGGAGCAUCAAAUAGCGCAUCCAAUAGCAACCUUCAUGUCCUCCCUUGCUAGCCAAGGGGGUCUCGGCACCCUUCCACCUAAGGUGGGCCCUAACACAGCAACGUUCCUCGCGCAACAUGCUCGUACCUCUCCGAGUGGCGAGAUCAUCCUCGACGAUUUCCCCAAGAGAAAACAGCGCCGCUAUCGGACGACGUUUACAUCCUACCAACUCGAAGAACUGGAAAAAGCGUUUGCCAAAACUCACUACCCAGAUGUGUUCACCAGGGAGGAGCUGGCGAUGCGGGUGGAUCUCACUGAGGCAAGAGUACAGGUAUGGUUUCAAAAUCGGCGCGCAAAAUGGCGUAAGCAGGAGAAGGCUAACGGCAACCCAAAUCCUGGGGUUGGCUUCAAUCCCUAUGCUUCGACUCCACAGAGUUUACCAGCGGCAGGCACUCCAGAAGGAUCUUCACAAUCGGGAGCACCAUCGGCUGCGCAACCUUCCGUAGCGGCUGCCGCAGCGUUUGCCUCGAUUUAUGGCCGAAAGCAAGCGCAAACUACGGGGGAGCGUCACUCGAUGCAUUUCUCUUCCGGAGGACCCCCAAGCGGUGGAUCCACUUCUGCUCCACUAUUGUCCCUUCCUGCUAUGACCUUGCCGCCUGGGUUACCAAGUUUACCCGGCAUGUUGCCUGGCAUGAGUAUUUCACCUCAGUUCAACCCGUUUCUGCCACCAGCUCUUAGCAGCUCGUAUGCGAAUCACCUUCAGGCGUGGCUUCAAGCGGCGAUGGUUGCUCAGGUCAAAGUCGACAGCCAAAGCCGCAGUCCGUCUCCGGCCGGUUCGGCAAAGUCGCACGAAUCGUCACGUUCUCGUUCGCCAAUGAUGAACAUCGAAGUGGCCGACGUUGCCAGCAGCCAAAAGGAUUCGCCGACUAGUGCCAAGACGAGUGUUACCGUCGCUGAAGGUGAGGAGAAACCUGCCAAGGAUGCUGAUGAUAAGGCACCGUUAGGACCAGGAGUAAAUCUGAGUAUUGAGAUGCUUCGUCUCAAAGCGCGAGAGCAUGAGGAAGAGCUCCGAAGACAGAGUGAUUCAAACUCAAACUAGACGUAACUUUUGCUAAUCGCAUAUCUACUGACCCAAGUCUCAGUGUCCUCAACAGCUCUGAUGCAUCUCAGAACUCUGACAAUAUGACUUAGUAACAAAAACAAAUUGUCGCUGAUCUUCCUUAGCUCAAAUACGACGUGAAGGGAAAAAGCUUUGACGAUUAUAGACUACAUGUAAAUACCCGAAGCGUAGAUUUAUUCAAGUUUUUAGAAAGCAAUUUUGUGUACAGUUAAGCCUGCUGUCCGACAAAUUAGGACCGACUAUAAUGAAACAGUCUUUUCAAAUAAUUGUCAAUCUGAGACAAUGAUUUUAUAUUAAUUGCGACACAGGAUAGCCUUAACGAGUACGGCCUGGCCUGCGUUUUUUCUCGCGGCAAAUAUUGCUGCCUGCUUUGCUCUUCCUUCGUACCUAGAAAGCUUGCUUCUCUAGCAGAGUCAAUGCUGACUUCCUUCACGUCGACUUCGACUUGGCUAGUUCACUGAAAAACGAAAACCAAUAAAGCCAUCAUUAUCUUCAGUCCUGAAGACGACCCAUCUCAAAACACGAAUCACAUCUAGGGCAGUAUAAUAGAAAACUGUAUAUUGAAAAUUUUAAAAAAAAAAGUGGUAUAUUUAUUACAGUUUCACCUCUGCCUAAAACUAUCGACUAACAAAAAUUACUGCUAAAUUAUUCAUGAACAAUACAUUGAUAUUGUAGCAUACAUAUUCAGCUUGUCGACAGAAAGUAUUGUUAAUACCUAAUAAAUGUACGUAUGAAUGUAAGCAUGGGUGGGUUUUUGUCUGUGUACAGAAAAAUGAU